AUGUCCGAAAAAGAAAACUUCCAACAACGCCCCUCCACCGGCAAAGAUCUCGAAGCUCAGAAUGACGACUCUAGCCAUAACGAUGAUUCCAAAAAUCCCUCCUCGGAUUCCCAAAAACCUCAAUUCAAAUCCACCGACGCCCGCCAACACCAAACUUCCUCCGACCCCAACAUCGUAGACUGGGAAGGACCCUCCGACCCCCAAAACCCUCGAAACUGGCCCACGAAAUCCAAAAUUUACAACACAUCCCUCGUAAUCGUCCUCUGCCUCCUCACCCCGCUAGCCUCAAGCAUGUUCGCCCCGGGCGUUCCCCAAGUGCUUCAAGACUUUGGAUCCUCAGGAACAGCCACGAUCGCCGAACUCGUAGUUUCCAUCUACAUUCUAGGAUUCGCAGUCGGACCACUCAUAAUCAGUCCUCUAUCGGAAAUCUACGGCCGGUAUCCGGUAUACGUGGUCUGCAACAUUUUCUUCCUGAUAUUCACAAUCGCCUGCGCGGUCUCUUCUUCGAUCAGCCAGUUAAUCGUAUUUCGCUUCUUCGCGGGGUGUUUUGGAGUUUGUCCUGUUACAUUAGGCGGGGCUUCGAUUUCGGAUCUCAUUCCGCAAGAGAAAAGAGGUGCGUCGAUGGCACUUUUCGGAAUGGGACCGCUCUUGGGACCUGUGAUUGGACCUGUUGCCGGCGCAUACUUGGCCGCGGCUGAGGGUUGGAGAUGGACGUUUUGGGUGAUUGCGAUUGCGUAUGGAGUCUUCACGAUUUUGCAUGCGGCGUUGUGUAAGGAGACGUAUUCUGUUGUCUUGCUGGCGAGGAAGACGAGGAAGAUGCAGAAAGAGACGGGGAAUUUCGAUUUGAGGUCUGCGCAGGAUGAUGGGCUGACGGAGAAGGUCCGGAUUCAGAGGGCUGCGGUUCGGCCUUUUAAGAUGUUGCUGCGAAGUCCGAUUGUGGGGUUGAUGGCGGUUUAUGCGGCGUUUGUUUAUGGGGUGUUGUAUCUGUUGUACACGACUUUUACGUUUGUGUUUGAGGAGUAUUAUGGUUUCAGCUCGAGUAAUGUUGGGUUGACGUAUCUGGGGUCGGGGAUUGGGAUGUUUCUUGGGCUGUUCCUGAUCGGUGCCGCAAGCGACAAAUUGUUGAAGAGUAAGGCGGCGAAACAUGAUGGGGAGUUGAAGCCGGAGUACAGGUUGUUGCCCUUGAUGUACACGGCUUGGUUGAUCCCGGUCGGCUUGUUUAUCUAUGGUUGGACGGUGCAGUAUCGGGAGCAGUGGGCGAUACCUCUGUUUGGCACGCUUCUGUUUGGUGUUGGGAUCAUUGCGGCUUUGAUCUGCAUUCAGCAAUACCUCAUCGAUGCUUACACACUAUACGCUGCUUCCGCUGUUGCAGCCAACACGGUUCUUCGCUCUAUUGUGGGAGGACUGCUCCCACUGGCUGGGUUGUCCAUGUAUGAGAAAUUGGGAUUGGGCUGGGGAAAUAGUCUGAUCGCCUUCAUCGCGCUGGCCCUCACUCCGGUGCCGUUCGUGUUCUAUAUAUGGGGUGAGCGAAUACGUAAGAGCGGGCCAGUGAGUCUGUAG